AUGGCCGCGGCCCGCGCCAUGCUCGACUGCGUCCACAAGCCGCUGCCCGUGGGAGCAAAGGACAGCAACGCCUACAUCCUGGGCAGCAUCGGCCCGCACAACAUCGUCACGGCAUGCCUCCCCGUAGCGCAGUACGGCACCAACAACGCGGCCAACGUGGCGAGCAACAUGAACAGGAGCUUCCCCUCCAUCCGGAUCCGCCUCAUGGUCGGCGUCGGAGGCGGCGUCCCCAGCCAGCACGCCGACGUACGGCUUGGCGACGUCGUCGUCGGCUGUCGAAUCAUGCAGUACGACAUGGGCAAGGUCGUUCGAGGCGGCGAGACGCUGCCGACGGGCAUCCCGAGGAUCACGCCGCCAGACCACUCGACGCACGUCGCCAGCCUCCGCGCAAUCCACGAGCUCAAGCCCAGCAGGGUGCCCGCUAUACUGCAAGAGAUGCACCAGAGGCACCCCGGCAUGACCAAGUACGCCUGCCCAGCUUCACCGGAUCGCCUCUUCCAGGCUGCGUAUGAGCACCUCCCGGGCGCGUUUGACUGCAGCACAUGCAGCGAGGACAGUCUGGUAGCUCGCCCCCCAAGGCUGAGCCGGGAUCCAAUGAUUCACCAUGGUGGCAUAGCCUCUGGCAAUCAAGUGAUGAAGCAUGCGGAGACUCGUGACAAGAUUGCCCAGGCGUUUGAUGUGAUUUGCUUCGAGAUGGAGGCAGCCGGCCUGAUGGAUUACUGUCCAUGUCUAGUCAUUCGAGGCAUCUGUGAUUAUGCAGAUUCUCACAAGAACAAGCAAUGGCAGGAGUAUGCCGCGGCGGCGGCAGCAGCGUAUGCGAGGGAGCUCCUGGAGGAGAUGCCCCCCUUCGAAACCAACUCCUAUCGUUUGCCAGACGUUACAUCCAAAGUUGGCCAGGACAACUUCGUCACGCGCCGACAAGAGCUGCUAGACUCCCUGAGAUUCGACCAAAUCAACUCUCGCCAGUCCAACAUCGAGACCGCCCACGAGGAGACAUGCAACUGGUUCCUCGAACAUCCCACAUACCUAGACUGGCUCCACGCCGGCGGCUCGCCCACGCAUUACGGAAUCCUGUGGCUCGCGGGAAAGCCAGGGGCCGGCAAGUCCACCAUCAUGAAGUUCCUCUACACCCACCUCAAACAAGCCCCCCAAGACUCCUCCUCCCCCUCCUCCUCCUCCACAUCGGCCAUAAUAUCCUUCUUCUUCCACGCCCGAGGCGAACUCCUCGAAAAGUCCACGACGGGAAUGUACCGCUCCCUGCUCCUCCAGCUUCUCGAAACCUUCCCCGACCUCCAGAGCGUCUUGGACGACUUCUCCCUCGUGCCCAAGGACAAACACACGUGCCCCCCCAUGAACAUCAUCCGCAAGCUCUUCCGCAACGCCGUCCUGCUCCUCAACACCCGCACCUUAACCUGCGUCAUCGACGCCCUCGACGAGAGCGACGAGCAGCAGGUCCGCGACAUGGUCAGCUACUUUGAGGACCUCGGCCGCGAAGCCAUCAAACACAACAUCCAGCUCCGAAUCUGCUUCUCUAGCCGCCACUACCCCUACAUCUCCGUCCCUCACGCCCUCAGACUCACCCUCGAGGACCAGACGGGGCACGGCCAGGACAUGGAGCGGUACGUCAAGAGCAGGUUCAAGCCCAGCCCGGAUCUCUUUGGCGACGUCCAGGCACAGAUCCUGCAGAAAGCCGCAGGGGUCUUCAUGUGGGUUGUCCUCGUAGUCAGUAUCCUUAACACGGAAUUCGAUCGAGGACGCAUCUUUGCCGUACGCAAAAGGCUCCAGGAGCUCCCCGUCGGACUCAGCAAUCUCUUCAAGAACAUCCUCCGAAGAGACGACGACAACAUGCAAGAGCUUCUCCUCUGCCUCCAAUGGAUCCUCUAUGCCAAGCGCCCCCUCAAGCCCGAAGAGUUCUACGUCGCCCUCCUAUCAGGCCUCUACGCAUCAGGCGAAUCCGCACUCCAAAGGCUCCUCCUCGGGGGGAAGCGAGCAACGCUCAGAAGGAUCCCCCUUCUCGAAUACUCCGUCUCGCACAUGCUCUACCACGCAAACAUGGCCGCACGCGAGUUUCCGCAGGACAAGUUCCUCUCCCAACUAGCCGUCCCCGACCUCAUCACCCUCAGCAGCUUCAUCGUAGCAGAGUAUAACCUCCUGCCGACCUCGUUAGACGCAAGCCUCGUCUACAUGCUCGCGGCAGAAGGACUCUCCAACCUGAUCCGUACAUUGUGGCCCCUCCCGCCCUCCCAUCUCGACGUCCCCGGGGGCCAGUUUCGCUAUCCCCUUUUUGCCGCGCUGAUCAACAAGCACAAGGACGCUGUCCGUGCGCUCUUGGGAUGGGAUUCAUCGUCCACCGACGAGGAGGAGCUCAUGACCACCAUGGGGCCCGGAUUUGAAGUCGAGUACGCCAUUACCAGAAGCCAAACGCCUCUCCACUGGGUCGUCAUCAAGAACCGCGAGAUGACCGUUCGGCACCUCCUCAAGAUGGGCGCAUCCAUCGACGCACGGGAUCGCAAUGGCAACACGGCGCUGCUCUUGGCGCUCUCUCACGGCCAUGAUGCCAUCGCGAAGCUGCUUAUUGAGGCCGGUGCCAACAUCAAUGCCAGGGACUCGAAUGGCCAGACAGCCCUGCUGAUUGCGGUCCGGUUUGAUCGCGAGGAUUUGGCCAGACUCCUUAUUGAGAAAGGGUCCGACGUUGAUGCCAAGGAUUACUAUGGGAAUACAGCCUGGAAGAUGGCGAGGCGUAAUGUGAAUUUGUACAUUUUGAAGCUUCUGAUAGAGGCCGGGGCAGAUUCCGGCGAUGACAUUGACCAGCAGAAGGCACUAUGA